UGUGUCUUGCCCUUAACUUUGCCUUGUGAAUUGAGUUCUACCGGCUGAGAUUUCUGUGAAUAGCUAGAAGAAUUAUGUUGUGCUAAUAGACCUCUUAACUAGUGAUAAUAUAGUGUAUAUCAUCACCCACGCUGUCUUCUUCCAUCACUUCUAACAAAAGCGGACUGCUUAACGUCAUCAAAAGCAUCCAGGUAUUCUUUAUAAGCCUCUUUUGUAUACUCUUCCUCUUCACGCCUACGCUGUUCGUCGAGCUCCUUCUGCCUAUCCUUUGCUGAUUUGAAGUUUGAACCUGAUUGAAAUUGAUUCAGUCUUUCUUGUGGAACGCUCUGUAUUUUAGACUAAUAGAUCAUUUAGCUAGUGUAAUUUUCGAAGGCAAUAAAUUUACUGGAUCUAUUUUACCAGAUUUUAACAAUUCCUGCUUUAUAGGAUCCAUUAAUUACUUCGAAGUAGAGAAACAAGCGAGUAUGCAAGUAUUUGAUCAGAUAAGCUUCAAUAAUACAGCAUGUUCAGUAGAAUAUAAUAGUUUAUUAGAUCUAUACGCCGUUGGAACGUACGAAUUGGUUGAAACAAAAACUAAUGAGCAAGGUCUAAUCAGUCAUCAAGAGAGGCAAGGAGAUUGUAUUUUAUACGAUUGUAAGGAAAGAAAGUUUAACGUAAUAGAUAGCAAAUCCACACCCGGUACUUUAGAUAUAAAGUGGAUGAAAGACUUUAUAGCCGUAGUCGAUGCCAAAGGUUACUUGUCUGUUGAUAAAUAUGAAAAUAAGAAGCUCAAACAACUAAGCUUGGUUGAUUGCAAAUCAGACAAUCAGUCGCUAGCUUUAUCACUCGAUUGGUCUAAUUCACGGAAAGAAGUUGAGCCAAUCGUGGCAGUUUCAAUGUCAGACGGCAGAGCACUCACCGUCAACAGUGCUACUGAACAGGUGCUAGUUGAUUGGCAGGCUCAUGAUUAUGAGACAUGGAUUGCCGCUUGGGAUCAUUACAAGCCGAAUGAUAUUAUCUAUACAGGUGCAGAUGAUUGCAUACUCAAGUGCUGGGAUCUCCGAUCAGGUGUAGACACUCCAAUCGCAUCCAACAAGAGAUUCGAAGGUGGUGUAACAACCAUAGCGAAUUCACCACAUGAUCAAAACAUCAUCGCUGUCGGCUCAUACGACGAGAAUUUGAGAAUAUUUGACAAGCGAAACAUCAAUAAGCCAAUCAAUAGCAUAAAGACAAGUGGCGGUAUAUGGAGAAUUAAAUUCAGUGAAGUCGAGAACAUGAGAAUGGUAAUGGCCAACAUGUAUGGGGGAUUUGAUGUUGUAAAUUAUCAAACAAAUGUCAUAGAAUACACCAACAGUGAUCACAAUCUGGCGUACGGUGUUGAUUGGAAUAGAGAUGGUCUCAUAAUGUCCGCAAGUUUCUAUGAUAAAAAGGGAAUGCUUUGGGUUGUCUGA